AGACUUCACGACUUGGCCAAGAACUCUGGACAGUUCCGUCGACGACGGCGCCGAGGUGACGCCCUCCUCCAGAAGAAACUGGCCGAUCAGGUGAUCGUGUCCAAGACGCUUCUCGAUCCUGCUAAUACACUGAGCAAUAGAGCUAAAAAGCGUCUGCAAAAAGAAGAAAGCUGUAACGAUCUUCAUUCGGAUGUUCAGUAUUCGCUAAAUAAGCACCAGCGAUGGAAAACUCUCAACGUUCCAACCUUGCUGGAGAGCAACCGUCACUCCGAUCUUGAGGUUCUCGUAGCAAAUCGAGUCAUCACCCCUCGUCGUCUCGCUGAUAUCGAAGCCCUCAACGUUACAGGCGUUCACGUGGAGGAAAACGGGACGGUCAACACGAUCUCCACGAAAGGAAAAGGACAAAAAAGUGAACUCUCUCCCACUUCCAAGCAGCAUUGCGGGAACGGCGAAACCUGGAAAAGGACGAAGUUGAACCGGCAAAAAUUCUCAUCAACAUCGUCGAGCCUCACCCUGUUCUCAAAAUUCUCGCCGGAAAAACUCAGCGAAGUUGAUAAUAAAAAGGGGUCUUGGACAACAAAAUCUCGGCAAGCGGACCACAGCUCUGACCUGUCGGAUGAGAGCUGCUGCUACGACGAAGACGAAGAAGAACUCGAGGUGGCUGAAAGUAGUCCAAGGACCUCCUUGACACUGGGAGACUUUCUAACUAGUUCUUCGCCUCCGAAGAGCACUGAACGCACGAGACAAUCGAGCAGCUGGAGUUUUAUCGAUGCAAAGCCAGAGUGUUCAGCGAAGAACGUUCAGCCAAAACCUGCUGAUCUCGUCGACAUCUCGGCAGUGACCCACGCGAGUUCAAUGUUCGAAGUCAUUGAUAUUCAAACGCGUACACUUCAGAACUUUGAUUUCCGCGAAAUGAUUUCUCUCCUGGAAGACAAGCGUGUUGUUGUUCGAUGGAUCGAUUCGGACCGAGUCAUGGUUGAUGUCACCUAUCAGGUCCGUCUCAGUGGUGACGAACCUAUAAGGAAGCCGUUGCUCAUCCUCUUCAUGGAGCUACGAGAUGAUGCCCGCAUACUC